ACAAGAGUUUUAAGCCUACACUUCAGACUCACCACAAUUUUAUAUUCUAUGUUUGGCUAAGUAAAUGCCUAACCAUAUUUCAAAUUUCAACAGCUCCCACCCUACUCAAGAAUAUACACACAUAUCCUCCUAUCCACCUUUGAUUUCAAAAACAAACCCUAAAACGUGCCUCCCACAACCUCCUCUUCAUAUACAUCCCCAAACACAGCCCAUCUCACACCUUCAACCACCAUAACCACCACCACCACCAAGCAUUGCCCAUCUUAGACCUUUAGCUUGAGCUUGUAGAAUCAUAUUGAAUACAUUCUGCACCGAUCUUCGUUUAUCAAUCACACAUUCUCUAACCAAAUCCAAGCUAGGGUGGAAGAAACACUCGUAUACAUGGCUGCACCAAAGCCUCCACCCCCACCUCCGCCGGCACCACGGUCGCGUACGGCACACGCCACGGCACCCGAUGACCGGUCGCCUACCAGGCCUCAGGUUUCCCUCCAACAGCCAACACACAAGAAAGGCCCCACAAAAUCCACAAAACUCUUUCGGCGCUUCCGGGCUGUGUUCCGGUCAUUCCCCAUCAUAACCCCGGCGUGCAAGAUGCCGGUGAAGCUCCACGGGAACCGGGGCCUCAACGACGGACACAUCCACGGAGGGACACGGAUGACCGGAACCCUUUUCGGGUGCAGAAAAUCUAGGGUUAACCUAGCCAUCCAAGAAAACCCUAGGUGCCUUCCAAUGUUGGUGCUAGAGAUUGGCAUUCCAACAGGAAAACUACUCCAAGAAAUGGGGUUGGGACUUGUUAGGAUUGCACUAGAGUGUGAGAAGAAUCCAGGAGAGAAGACUAAGCUCAUUGAUGAGCCAAUAUGGACCAUGUUUUGCAAUGGUAGAAAAACAGGCUAUGGGGUGAAGAGAGAGCCUACUGAUGAUGAUCUCAACGUCAUGCAGAUGCUGCACGCGGUGUCAAUGGGCGCCGGCGUGCUCCCGAGUGAGGCCACAGACGCGCCGGAGGGUGAGCUGACGUACAUGAGGGCGCACUUUGAGCGUGUCAUCGGAUCCAAGGACUCCGAAACUUAUUACAUGAUGAGUCCUGAUGGUAACAAUGGCCCCGAGCUUAGCAUCUUCUUCGUCAGGAUUUGAUCAUAUUGGUGGAAGAGGAGGAACAAUGGGAAAUGAUAGCAUGUUUAGGGUUGAAACAUCGCAUGAGAUUUUGUACGUAGGAGAGGGAUGUUAUUGAUAGUUGUAAUUGUCAACUAUUGAAUGAUGUGAGUUCUGUUUCUUAGCACGUCUUUCGUGGGGAAAAAGAAUUAUCCGAAACAAAUGAAUUCGGGUUGAUGGACAUUCAUGAAAAUGUCAAGAGAGUUGUCACGAGAGUUUUGAAUGUUUCAAGAGGAUGGAGUAGGGUUAAAUCAGCUAAUGUCGCCGUUGUCUUGGGUUCGUUAUCGGUUUUCGGUUUUAAAUUGCUUGUGAUGCCAUUUUCAAGGAGCUACACUGCACAAAAACUACUGUGUAAGAGCUUAAGAAAUUGUGACACAGAAUUUGUUAUGUAGGAACAUGUGAAUAAUGUAUCUAUGUUUAGUGUUGUAAGACAAUCAUGGAAACGAGAAAAAAAUGCUA